AUGUCAUACUUUGAUGUUGCAUUUACACAUUCUUCAGGAAAAGGAGGCCAGCAUAUCAAUACUACGGACUCAAAAGCUCAGUUACGAAUGAGUACAGUCAGUUGGUACGAGUCACGUGGAAGAUGGAUAGAUUCAACGGUAUUUGAUCAAAUCAUGCAUAACUACAACGAUAAGGAAGCUCCACAAAUAAAAAAAUUCCCAUAUUUUACUGUCAAGGGUGACGUACUAGUGGAAAGUCAAAAGACACGAUACAGAGACAAGAACCUACAAGAUUGUCUCGAUAAAUUUGUGGUCGGUGUCAAGCAGUGUGGUCAAUUAAGACAACAGAUAGACCAACAGACCAAACAAGAGUGGCAAAAAUACAAGAAAAGAGACAACGAGCAACGAGUGCGUACGAAAAAACAUGUUGGCGAUAAAAAACAGCUUCGUAAAAGAAUAUCCUUGGAUGAUAUAUAG